AUGAUCCUCUUAUGCUCGUUCUCCUCGGAUUCGGCGGGCCAGCUGAAUGUCCUUGGGCAUGAUGGUGACGCGCUUGGCGUGGAUGGCGCACAAGUUGGUGUCUUCAAACAGACCAACAAGGUAAGCCUCGCUGGCCUCUUGAAGAGCCAUUACAGCAGAGCUCUGGAAUCGCAGAUCGGUCUUAAAAUCCUGAGCGAUUUCUCGCACAAGACGCUGGAAGGGCAGCUUGCGGAUCAACAGCUCGGUUGAUUUCUGGUAGCGACGGAUCUCACGAAGAGCGACUGUACCAGGCCUGUAACGAUGAGGUUUCUUGACUCCUCCAGUGGCAGGCGCGCUCUUACGAGCUGCCUUUGUGGCGAGCUGUUUUCGUGGAGCUUUUCCACCGGUUGAUUUACGAGCAGUUUGCUUUGUACGAGCCAUGUUUUUACCCUCAGAAGAUCUAUGAUUUGAUCGAUAAAAUUUAGUUUAUUCCAUUCCCUAGAAAUUUAUAUCUGGCGGGCCGAAUUCUGAUUGGUAGAAAAAUGUUCUUUCUGAUUGGUCGAAAAAGUCCUUGUAAUACUUUGAAAACAGCCGAUGGAUUUUGCCGACAGUUUGAUUCUCAAAAAGUUUAUGUUAUUUUCAGUUGUGCGUUUUUCGAGACGUUUCGCAUCCAUCGCAAAAGAAAUAAACCCUGGUACAGAUUUAUUGCCUUUACUAUUUUGAAUAAAUGAAUUAAAUCUGCGAGUACGGUGUGCAUAUGAGGGAUACCGUCCAUACUCUGUUAAACUGAUUAUGCGCAUAUAUUACACCAGUGUGUAUACAGUUUAAAAAGAUAUAAUUGCCCUUUGGACCCACUGGUUUACUUUUGUUAAAAUCUGACCAAUAGAAAUCCAAUUAAGUUUUCGGAGAGGUCCACCUUGUCGCUAUAUAGGGCAGGAAAAGAGCUUUUUCAGCAUCAUCUCAGUUUUAAAAAGAGUCACAAGUCAGUAUGUCUGGUCGCGGUAAAGGAGGCAAAGGUCUAGGGAAAGGAGGCGCCAAGCGUCACCGAAAGAUUCUUCGUGAUAACAUCCAAGGUAUCACCAAGCCAGCCAUCCGUCGUCUUGCUCGCCGUGGCGGUGUCAAGCGAAUCUCUGGCCUCAUCUAUGAAGAAACUCGUGGUGUUCUAAAAGUCUUCUUGGAGAACGUUAUCCGUGAUGCUGUAACGUACACCGAGCACGCCAAGAGGAAGACCGUGACAGCCAUGGAUGUAGUCUAUGCUCUCAAACGCCAGGGACGUACACUUUACGGAUUUGGCGGUUAGACGUUGCUGUCCACACAACAAACCAACGGCUCUUUUAGGAGCCACCAUAUCUUACGAAAGUCAUAAACCAAUACUCUGUUGUCCCUCAUUCUAAGAGGUACUCACGGUGCCUAGCUUCAACAUUGUUUUUUUCGGUUCUCCUUUUCGGUGGAAAAAGGACGUAGCAUAAACGCAAAACCGUUUGAUCAUAGUAAUCGCCAACGACCGCACUUUUUUCGAAACAAAAGAUUUUGAAGUCAGGAAUUAAUAUCCAGUCGCGAUCAAAUUCAAAACCUGUCAAAAUUUCAGCAAAAUUUUGAACAACUUUGGCAAAUUUCAGACUAAGGAACUUACAUUCUUACUUUGUAUGUUAGAGCGGCGAAAAUGCACCUUGUACGGUCUCACUGCAGUCAGAUCUGCAUAUACGGAUGGCUGCGUGCACUUAAAAAAAUUAUCUAUGCAAUCCGGUGUUUACGCAUUAACAUUGAUUUCAAUGUCUUUUACUUUUUUAUCUCUCAAAACUCUUAAGCCGAAGCGAGAUUUCAUCUCGUUGCCAAUUUACUGCACUAAGUGUUAAUGGUCUUCUCGCGCAACGAUCGCGUGGCCCCGAGAUGUGGAAAUUAUUCGCGCGCUCGAUUCAAAAGCGCAAAUAAACACACUGCAAUGAGAGUUCAUCAACAACUUCACCGGGUUAUGUUAACAAUCUAUCUUAAUGAUAAUUUGCUAAAUUGGCAAAGUUUAUAUAUAAGAAAUGAGCCGAGUUUAUUAAGCGUGAUUCACAGACUGAUCUCUAAAUACAUAGGUUAUAUUCCAACUCAAAAUUGUGAGAAGAAUCUGAAGAAUCACAGUAAUGUGAAUGUCGGCAAAAAUCGUUUGAAGUAACAACCGUCAACUGCAGUUUGAAGGUAAAGAAACUUAUUUAUUGUUUGGCCAUAUAAUACAUGUAUGAAUGGCUGGCCAUAUUUUAAAAAAAUAUAUAAUACUACGUAUGCAACCUUCCUAAUACUAACACAACAGCAAAUGAAUGCACUCUCUUUGACGUGGUUAAAUUGAACGCUCGAGUUAAGAGUGUUCAUAACAUUUACAUUUGAAUACUCGGUUCUGUUAGCUUUCAAAAGGUAUCAACAAAUUUCAAUUUGCUACAGGAUACGCACGGUAGAACGUAUGCGCUAAAUCAGUAAAAAUUAAAGUUCGGGGAUUGAACAAUUUGCGGCGGAAAAUUGAUCUUUCCGAGACGUAAAUUACUCUUUCUUAGCUUAGACUCUCAGACAUGAAUUGCGUUCUAACUGAAAACUGGAAAUUGGUCAUGACUUUUAUAGCAUUUGGUGGCUCCUAAAGGAGCCGUUUGUGUAAAUGCAAGCUGAUUUAAGCUUUCGGUUUCUUCUCAGUCUUUUUGGGCAGAAGAACAGCUUGAAUGUUAGGAAGGACUCCUCCCUGAGCGAUGGUAACACCAGCGAGAAGCUUGUUCAACUCUUCGUCAUUACGGACGGCCAGCUGAAGGUGACGGGGGAUGAUUCUUGUCUUCUUGUUGUCACGAGCAGCGUUGCCAGCCAACUCAAGAAUCUCAGCGCUCAAAUACUCAAGCACGGCGGCCAAGUANCUAAAUCAGUAAAAAUUAAAGUUCGGGGAUUGAACAAUUUGCGGCGGAAAAUUGAUCUUUCCGAGACGUAAAUUACUCUUUCUUAGCUUAGACUCUCAGACAUGAAUUGCGUUCUAACUGAAAACUGGAAAUUGGUCAUGACUUUUAUAGCAUUUGGUGGCUCCUAAAGGAGCCGUUUGUGUAAAUGCAAGCUGAUUUAAGCUUUCGGUUUCUUCUCAGUCUUUUUGGGCAGAAGAACAGCUUGAAUGUUAGGAAGGACUCCUCCCUGAGCGAUGGUAACACCAGCGAGAAGCUUGUUCAACUCUUCGUCAUUACGGACGGCCAGCUGAAGGUGACGGGGGAUGAUUCUUGUCUUCUUGUUGUCACGAGCAGCGUUGCCAGCCAACUCAAGAAUCUCAGCGCUCAAAUACUCAAGCACGGCGGCCAAGUACACUGGAGCACCUGCGCCAACACGCUCAGCAUAGUUGCCUUUGCGAAGCAGACGGUGGAUACGACCUACAGGGAAUUGAAGCCCUGCUCGGGAUGAUCGGCUCUUGGACUUGGUGCCUUUUGCUUUUCCUUUACCGCGACCAGACAUAUUGAAAGUUUGCAAAAGUCUUAAACUCUAGUGAGAUGAUAGCUCAAAAUUGGCGGAAAGCCAUUUUUAUAGUUCAUUUUCCAAGUAGGUAGGAUCGAAACGCACCAAUCAAGGCUCUUGGUUUUAUUUGAAAGAAGCUUAAUUUUGUUUUCAUCUCUUCUGACAUACAACACGUGGUUAAUUAUAAUAAGCAUUGAAAAGGCUGCUCUAUACUCCUGUUUAGUAGCCAAUCAAAGAACGUGAUUUUCGAUCCGUAUGCUAAUCGAUCCUUACUCUGUUUUACCGUAAAUAUCAGUUGCAUAGAGUCCUCAGGCAUUUCAAAUCCAUUUUGAUCUACGUACAGACAUGGCACCCAAAGUUGCAGGAAAGAAAGGCGAGAAGAAAGCCGGAAAGGCAAAGGCUGCAGGAGAAAAGAAGAAAAGGAGGGGAAAGAGAAAGGAAAGUUAUGCUAUCUACGUACAUCUACAAGGUGUUGAAGCAAGUUCACCCUGA